GCUUUAUUUACUAGUGAGCAUGUAACAAUUUAGAAAUCUGUUGUUUCUGAUAAUACAGACAUCGUGUUUAAUAUUUAGUCUUCCUGUUUUUAUAAAAUAGCUGUCAAAACCACAGUUAGAGAGGUAACGAGUCCAUCAAUGUGUUUUUGCUUCAUGUCGAAGGAAUACUCGCAUCUGACGCACGAGCGUCUUUUUAGUAUAAAGUCACGUUUUCACCCCUGAAAGUCGGUGUUCCUAGCAAGUAAUGUUCCACCUGGUGCAGCAAUGUCAACAGAAUUUUCGGAUCCUGAAAACAUGUUUACACUUAUCUUUACUAAAACAAACAUGUUUUUCAAAUGCAAUAUUUUUAUGCCCAAGGUGUUUACAGUUUAACCGAGACCUAAGCAAACAUUCUGCAAUCUUACUUCCGUGGUAAUAGAUGCUUUGUAAACAAGACUCGGUUGGCAGCCUGAGAAUAAAGCUGUGCGUAUCAUCAACGAAAAAACUGAUAAGUUUUAGGAUGAAGCUCACUGAGUCGCUGGCCUUGUUCAUGAUUCUCCUAACAGCAUUGUUUUGUGAAGCUCGUGCAAGGACGAUGCGCCAUAACUCCCUUCACCAUCAUAUGACAGAAAACGACCUGAAUUACUUUUUCGGCGUUGAUAAUCAUUUACAAGUUCCAGAGUAUGAUGUAACUAGUCCGUACCAGCUAGAUGAAAGAGGUCUUCCAAUUCAUGACCAACGUCAGCGACGAACGGAUGAACUGCGCGAAAACGUGUUUUAUAAAGUCCCUGCAUUUGGUAGAGAACUGGACUUGAACCUUACAUUGAACCGAAAGUUGAUGUCACGUAACCUCAUCAUGGAGACGAGGCGUACUGAUGGCACAGUGUCACAUGCUAGCGUGCCCAAAAACACAUACUAUCUUGGUCACGUGGUGUCCGAUCCACAUUCAAUGGUUGCAGUUAGCAAUGAAGGAGGACUGACUGGGAUGCUAAAACUAUCAAGUGAUACUUUGUUCAUACACCCACUACCGACUCAUCUUGCAAAGAGGGCAGCUCCCAAUGGACAAAAAGCGACACCUCAUUUAAUUUACAAGAGGUCUCUUCAGAUUCACGUUGAUGACCAAAGAACAAAAACAGAUUUGAUGAGCACCAAUAACAAAUCGGACGAAGUUAAGAAAGAAAAGAUGAAACUCAAAACAAUGGAGGCAUUCCUGAUGCUCGAGGCUGAUACAGCAGCCAGUCUAGAGAGAGAAAAUCGCGACCCUCAACAGUUCCUUCUUUUGUUGGGAAAUAUAAUUUCAGGUCUCCUAAUGGAUCCGAGCAUUGGAGAUAUUCGUAUCUCUUACGUAGUUUCGGGAAUAAUUGUAAUCGACAAAAAGGUUUUAGAAGUAGAAUACACAGAUACCAAAAAGUUAUGGAUGAAGAAGUUGGCAAAUUAUUUAAGAUCUAUUAACAACCCAGACGAUGCUAGCCCAGAUCAUUUUGACGUAUGUUCCCUUAUAUACAGCAUGAGAAGUGGAGUCGGCGGACUCGCUUCUCUCAGGAGCAUGUGCAAGAUAGUGGCUGGAAACGUUAACAAUAUGGUGGGCCUACAAACUGCGCUCGUAAUCGCUCACGAAACUGGUCACAACAUGGGUGUGCCUCACGAUGGAAGCAGGGCCGACUGUCCAGAGGGUACCUACAUUAUGGCACCCGCACUCCCAGGGGGUCGAUCCGCUGAAACUUGGUCUCCGUGCAGUAGCGAAAUCAUUCAAGAUUUCCUGAAUAGUAACAGAUCAUCGUGUUUAAAUGACAAAGCCCAAAACGAAGCAACAGUGGUUUAUAAGGAAAUAAAACCGAGAAGUAUUCCCGGCAACAUAAAAUUUGACACACUAGGAGUCAGGACUGCACGUGAUACAACAAAGUUGAUUGAUCUUAAAAAGUUCAACCAGGGGAAACAAUUAGAGAGGUUUCCUGGCGAAAUCAUGAGUGCAGACGAUCAAUGUGCCUUGCAGUAUGGAAAGAACCACAGACAGUGCUACCAAAAAAGGACUGACUGCGGUAGCUUGUGGUGUACAUUGGACGGAUACUCAUGCUUUAGUCAAACUGCCCCUAUCGCAGAUGGAACUCCCUGUGGAAGCAGACAGUGGUGCAUUAAAGGAGAAUGUGUUGACAAUGGACGUCCUCAUAUAAAUGGCUGGUGGAGCGAGUGGUCGAACUUUACAUCCUGUUCUCGAACGUGUGGUGGAGGAGUACAACACAGAAAACGAACAUGCACAAACCCACCGUAUGUGUUUACAUGCCACUUAAAUAAUCACAUUUAUUGUAUGGCAAGCUCCGCGAGCGGGCAAGAUGAAUCAAAUCCUGCGCUGUGAUUGGCUA